AUGCUCUCCUCGGGAUUAGGUUUGCGCUCAGUCGCACAAAAAAGAUCCUUUGGCCUUAGCGUAUUGACUACAGCAAUGGCAUCUCUAAUGUUCAGCGAGAACAAUAGGCUUGCUUCGAAGAUGGAAUCCGGUAAACUUCACUACGAGGACUCCAACUCCCGAUUCGAUAAGAUGCUCACCGAAGCCACUUUCAAGAGACGCGCUCCAGAGUAUCCGAGCCAUGUGCCACUCUACAAUGUUGAAAAAUUCAUGAUGUUUGUUGGUUCUGGAAUUGGUGCAUACUUUCAUCCUGAGAGAAACGAGUUUAUUGUUGGCCUCGGUGAAUCUACAGCAAUCAAACCUGUGUUGAGAAGACUACAAAAGCAGAUGCUCUCGGACCCAGUAGGUCGUCAAAUCUUGAAGGAAAGACCUAGAAUGACAAGCACAUCCUUGGACUUGGACUACUUGAAGUCUCUUCCACCAAACACAAUCGGCAACACAUACGUCAAAUGGCUAGAAAAGGAAGGUGUUUCGCCCGACACGAGAGUCCCUGUAAGAUACAUUGACGAUGCAGAGUUGGCGUAUAUUUAUCAGCGCUACCGGGAGUGUCACGACUUCUACCACUCAAUAACUGGCUUGCCAAUCAUCAUUGAGGGAGAGAUUGCAGUGAAGGUCUUUGAGUUCAUGAACAUUGGCAUGCCAAUGUCAGGACUCGGGGCACUCUUCGCACCAUUCCACUUGAAAAAGCAUCAAAUGGAGCGCUUGUACAGUAUUUACUACCCUUGGGCAAUCAAGUGCGGCCUCAACUCCAAGCCUUUGAUCAAUGUUUACUGGGAGAACAUUCUUGAAGAGGACUUGGAUGUGUUCCGCAAGAAAAUGUGUAUUGAGCAGCCGCCAGAUCUCCGUGCCAUGCGCAAGCUGUAUUUUGCGGCCAAAAAAGCUGCCAAAAAUUAA